AUGGCCUGCUUUACAGCACUAAUCCUGGACAACCUUAUGCCUGAGGCAUCAGAGAGGCUUUUUAUUUCAACGGCUAUGGAGCAGUUAGAAGACGGCGAUGAUGAUGACUGGUACAAGCACAUCAUUGUGUAUUUUAUUGAUGAAGAGGGAAUUGAUGCAAGAGGCCUUAACUAGAGGUCGUUCUUCUCUCUUUUGUUUGAGAAGUCUCCAAUUUUUGAGGGAAACUCUUUCUCAAUUAGGCCAGAGUUGUUGGAGAGGAAAUCUGACACAGUUGUUGGUAAAGCAACUGCGAAGGCAAUUAUUUCAAGAUAUCAAGUCUUCUUUCAGAUAUUGGAGGCAACAGGUGGAAACCUUGAUGAUGUGUUUUCUUCAGUUCUUCCAAUUUUAGAAGUCACUUGCUUCACCAAAAGGUUAACCAUUGGAAACAAGCAAGAGGCAAUAUCGGCUAUCAAAGCACAUUUUGUGCUAAACAGGAUAAUGGCACCCAUUUAUCAAUUCAUAAAAG